UGCUAAUCUGUCGUCCCGUACAUGUGUGGGUGCGUUACAACAAUAAAGAAGAAAAGGAGAACUAGGCGCGACAGAGAAAGAAGUAGUAUCUGCUUCGUCGUCGAUUUACCUGAUAAUGCCAGCUCAACUUCGUCGCUGCUGAGAACGGACAAAAAGAAAAACAUGAGACCCACUUUCGGGUAAACACCCGUAAAUAUUAGAGUGCAGAAGUCCGAAGCACCUUCAAAUAUAAAUUGUGUCGUGGGCGUGGACGCUUCCACGAAGAUGUCCAGUGCAAACAUCGUCGGGGGCAAUGCCCAGGAGAAUAGUGUCAAGUUCUUUGAGUCCUUACAGGCUGACCUUAAGUCAUUGUCUUCUGAGACUAAAAAGAAAUAUCCUCAAAUCAAAGAGUCAUGCGAAGAAGGAAUAGUCAAAUUAAGACAAGCAUCUUCAAACAAUCAACCAGGACAAGUUUAUUAUGUUGUGAAUCAGAUUCUAUAUCCUCUAGUCCAAGGCUGCGAAUGCAAGGAUGUAAAAAUUUCAAAGUUCUGCCUAAACACAAUGCAGAGACUGAUAACGCAACAAGCAGUUGAUCAAAAAGGAGCACGGUAUAUCACAGAUGCGUUAUGGACAUUGAUGGAAGCUGGAAUUGAAGAAGUCAAAGUCUUACAAACAGUUACCUUAUUACUUACGAGUAAUUCACUUGUUCAUGGAGAUACAUUAGCUAGGAAUUUGGUACUUUGCUUCCGCCUUCACUUUACAAAAGAUUCAACAACGAUUAAUACUGCAGGAGCCACUGUACGUCAGUUAGUUUUUUUGGUCUUUGAACGAAUUGUUGCUGAAGAUGAGCAAAAUGCAGAUCCACAAGUGCAAGACGAGAGCAACUUUGAAGAGUUAAAAGUGCCUACGAAUCAAGCACCGAAGGCUCUUAGGCCUUGUGCUGCUGAUGCCUACCUAAUGUUUCAAGACCUAGUGCAGUUAGUCAAUGCCGAUCAACCCUAUUGGUUAAUAGGCAUUACUGAAAUGACACGGACCUUUGGUCUAGAAUUACUUGAGUCUGUUCUAAUAAAUUUUUCUUCAGUAUUUUUCAAGCACCAAGAAUUCAGUUUUCUUCUAAAAGAACGAGUAUGUGCUCUGGUCAUAAAGUUAUUUUCACCUAAUAUUAAAUAUCGGAACUCUGUACCAGCAUCAGUGCAACAAGCAACACCUCUUGAUAAGCCCUAUUUCCCUAUCAGUAUGAGAUUACUUAGAGUCGUAUCGAUUUUGAUUCAAAAGUAUCACUCAUUGCUUGUGACGGAAUGCGAAAUAUUUUUAUCUCUAAUAGUUAAGUUUCUGGAUCCUGAUAAGCCUCCGUGGCAACGGGCUUUGGCCUUGGAAGUUUUGCACAAAAUGACCGUACAAGCCGACCUACUGACCAGUUUUUGUAAUUGUUAUGACCUUAAACCGCAUGCAACCAAUAUCUUUCAGGAUAUUGUAAACAGUUUAGGCGCCUACGUACAUAGUCUUUUCGUAAAUCCACACAUUUCACAGGCUGCGCCAGCACCAGUAGCUCAAGCACAGGGUACCGCCCCAGCAAUGUUAGCAGGAAUGCCCAUUGGACCAGGUAUAACUCCACAGCCAGGUUUCUAUUCUAGAGGAAUAUGGUUACCUGUUGUGGCUACAUUUACUAGUGGUCAGGCUAAAUCUACUUAUCUUGAGAUGCUAGACAAAAUAGAUCCACCUCAAAUCCCAGAUGGUUACGGCAUAAGCAUCGCGUACGCCUGUCUCUUGGAUAUAAUUCGUUCAAUAGCCUUAGCAAUCACUGGUCCUCGCGAGGAAGGUGUGGAGAAAAAGUACGAUCCAACGGAAGACGAGCGCAAACUCCACGUCCAGUUAAUAAACUCAAGCUGGUGUGGCCUCCUCGCAGCUUUAAGUCCACUUAUCGACGCGAGCACCGACGAGUCUGCCACGGAGAAUGUUUUGAAAGAAAUCCAAACGUUUGCCUCUCUCUGCGGCCUUCUCGAUUUACAUACUCCACGCGACGCUUUCAUCACAGCUAUUUGCAAGGCCUCAUUACCACCGCACUAUGCUCUUACGGUGUUGUACAGUGCACCGCAAGGUAUUCCCAGUGCCGCGAGGCAACAGCAACAGCAGGACGUCAAUGCUGGCAUUGGAAAUUCUGGUGCACAAUACAAUCCGGCUAACCUUGGCGAGUCAGAUUAUAGACAACAAGUCGUAGCUGUCGGUACUCCUCUGCCUACUACUUCAUUGCCCAUAGGCGCUCAACAAGGUCCCGUUAUGUUGACCGUGAAGAAUUUACAGUGCAUGCGUGCUCUUUUGUUGUUGGCUCAUUGUCACGGUAGUAUCUUGGGAAGUGCUUGGCAUCUUGUACUGACCACACUGCAACACUUGGCUUGGAUCCUUGGACUGAAACCGUCGACAGGUGGUUCGCUCAAAGCUGGCCGUACUGCUGCCGACUCGAAUGCCACCCUUACCACAGCGGUCAUGGCUGAUUUACCAAUUCUUAGUGCUAUGCUUAGUAGACUGUUUGAGAGCAGCCAGCAUCUCGAUGACGUUGCUCUCCACCACCUUAUAGAUGCACUUUGCAAGCUUAGUCAGGAAGCUAUGGAACUUGCGUAUACUAAUAGAGAACCUUCUCUCUUUGCUGUAGCAAAGCUAUUAGAAACCGGUUUAGUAAAUUUACCAAGGGUCGAAGUUUUGUGGAGACCGCUGACAAAUCAUUUGCUCGAAGUUUGUCAGCACCCUCACAUUAGAAUGAGGGAGUGGGGCGUCGAGGCGAUAACUUACUUAGUGAAAGCUGCUCUUCAGCACAAAUAUCCUCAACCGUUACGAGAUAAUCAAAAAUUACAGACUUUACUCUUAGGACCACUAUCAGAACUAUCUUCUGUAAGACACGCAGAUGUUAGACAGAGACAACUAGAGUGCGUAUUGCAAAUUCUUCAUGGUGCUGGCGAAACAUUAUACCACGGCUGGCCAUUGGUACUAGGUAUCAUUGGAGCGGUUUCCGACCACCAUGGGGAAGCUUUAGUUCGUAUAGCUUUUCAAUGUCUGCAACUAGUAAUAACAGAUUUCUUACCUGUAAUGCCUUGGAGGUGCCUCCCGCUUUGCGUCGAUACUGCAGCAAAGUUUGGUUCGCAAACUCAAGAGUUGAACAUCUCGUUAACUGCUGUCGGACAAAUGUGGAACAUAAGCGACUAUUUUUAUCAAAAUCAAGAAAAAAUAUGUGCCUCUUUACGAGGCGAUUCGGCCUCUGUAUUUCCAGACUUCCCUGGCACAACGAAUAUGCCACCUUUCGAUAAACUUUGGAUGUGCUUGUACGCCCGUUUGGGUGACCUUUGCGUUGAUCCGAGACCUGCCGUUCGCAAAUCCGCGAGCCAAACGCUUUUCUCAACGAUUUCUGCACACGGUACUCUACUGCAUCAACCUACGUGGCAGGCUGUGCUAUGGCAAGUUCUAUUUCCACUUCUUGAUAAAGUUAGAAGUCUAUCAAGCUCAGCAAGCAACGAGAAAGUAGAUACUUCGGGAAAUAUUCUUAUCCAUCACAGCAGGAACACUGCUCAAAAGCAAUGGGCAGAGACCCAGGUAUUAACUUUGAGUGGAGUAGCAAGAGUUUUCAAUACAAAACGUCAGUUAUUGCAAAUGCUAGGAGAUUUUCCGCGAGCUUGGUCUUUGCUUUUAGAAUUUAUUGAAAAUUCUGCUUUAAGUAAAAAUAACGAGGUGUCUCUAGCUGCCUUGAAAUCUUUUCAAGAAAUAUUAUACCUUCCUAAAACUACUGACAAUAAUGAUCCCGCGCAAUCUGAAGAUUCUGAAUCAUUGUGGAUUGUUGCCUGGCGGAUUUGGCUUAGUAUCGGAUUAGAUAGUACUACGCCUCCGCAAGAAGGCGAAAUCGAACCCUACAUUCCGUCGCAGGCAUUCCUAACGGCUCUUGUACAAAUUUUUCCAGCUGUUUAUCAACACGUCAAAAAUAAAUUUUCCACGAGUGACUUGCAAAAGUUGUGUCUUGUUCUAAAAAAUGCUGUGGCGGUACCAGUACAUGGCGAAUCAACUCCGUACAUUAUACCAACAGUGCCAGACGUCGUACUCACGCAGUUACAAGAUGGUAUACUUCACUCGAUGGAAUUACUUCAAAAAGAAGCAUUGGCUACACCUGAUAAUCUACAAAGCAUGAUUAACCCAAUUUUUAUACAACUACUUUAUUUUUCAAAAUUAUCUUGCGAGGCCCCUACAUACGGAAAAAUUCCUACGAAGCAUAUCUCCCAAGUCAGAGGCGUAUCUGUAAGUAAUUCUUCGUCUUCUUACUGCAUCAUUUUUACAGAGUAUGUAAUAAUUUACUUUUUCAAUCUCCAGGCCGAUUGGAUAACUAUGAAUUACGUGCCUUUCGGGGAAAAAGCUCUGUCUAUGGUCGUCAAUUUAUACCAAAAGACCGCGAACGAGAAAGCUGUGAUAGACGGUCAAAUCUUAAAACAUAUUAUCGAAGCUUUACAUGUUCCUCUGGCUAUGAAGUACGCCUGCCCUUCGCAAACAACAUGGAAGUUAGCUGUAACAAAUCUUUUAGAUAUUUUGCACACUGGAUUGCCACUCGCGAGAAGCUAUCCUGAACACUUUCAAAGUAUGUGGCAGGAACUUGCUGACACUUUAGAUAAUUUUUUAUUUCCCUCUAGUGUUAUGAAUUCUGAUCGUGGCGUGGAAGAAAUCCAAGCUGACGAAGCUGUAGACUGUCAAGUAAUGGAACUUUUAAGGGACGAAGUUUUGCCACACUCUCAACACAUACCUCACCAUUUCAUUUUACGAGUAGUUAUGCUUCUUAAUAAAGGAUCCAUCCACUCUGCUACUUCAAAUAUCGAGAAAAAUACUGAACCAAAACUACGCGAGGAGUUCGCGAAAACAUGCUUUGAGACACUCCUGCAAUUCUCACUACUCGACGGUCUAAACAAUGAAAUCGAGACUAAUAAAAAUGAGAGUAUAGUCGAUGAAGGUGGGGCUGCCGGUCGACUCGCUGUCACGGCUCUGCUGCAUAGAUUCCAAGAAGUCCUUAAAAGAUACAUCGAGGACGAGCGGCGAAGUGGCAAGUGCCCAUUACCUAGGUACAGGUUGUCGGAGAUAUCGUUCGUUCUCAAAGCUGUUGCAACCCUUGUUGUUUCACUGAAAAAAGCUCCCAGUAAUAAAGUGGAGCGAUCCGUUUGGGAACAACUAAUAGGCUUGUACCCAUGCUUGGUCGAGUGCACAGUAACAACAGCUUCGAGUCAAGUGUCACGUUCGUUGAGAGAGGCUCUGCUCCAAUAUCAUGAUCUUCUCCGACCACCGAUGAAUAGUGCACCAACAUCGAAUGGCGUCUGACCUUCGUAUUUUACGAGAAGCAAAGCUGCAUGAUUAAAGGAUAUGAACGACUGAGGCAUAGGCUACUGCGCGUUUAGAAUGUAGACUACAAAUUUGCUUCGGAACGAGUAAUUGUAUGUUCAACUUUCUAUAAUACGUUGUAGAUGCUGUUAAGUAAUUAUUGUUUUUGGUCAGACUUUUAUCAAAUUUCAUUAUGUCAGUCCUCUAUAACUAAAAUCUAUUAUAACUGUUUGCUACUGUUGGAAAUGCAAAAAUAUUCGCUGAUAUACGCGAAUUGUAAAAAAACUGUUUUCUAGGUCAAUAUUAAAAUUUCUAUAUGCUGAUUUCUCGGUUAAUAUUUUAUAACUACUAGUUUUUAUUUGAAUUGAAAAAAGCAACUGUGUUGAUAAAUUUCGUUAAAAUGGAUAUUUUCGUGCAAACAGUAAAACUGAUACUAUGAAGGCACAAAGAAAUACACCGUCAUUUCUAAUUUUUUCAUAACGAUUAUUUAAUACAAUUUGAUUGUACUACAUUAUGCUAAACAAUGCUAGUAGAUUCGUUGAACCUCAUUGUUGAGAGCGAAACGAGAUACGCAUUUGUAAAUAUAAAAUUCAUAAUUAUUAGUGCACUCGCGCACAUUAGAUAUACCUUUUUAUUCUUCAUGUAAAUACUGAUUGAACGAAAAUUACUGAUAAACUAAUUGUUGUUUCCAAAUGGUUUUUGAAAUUUUAAAAGAACUGCUCGAAUUGUACUCGUGAAGUAGUUGAACUUUGAGUCGUAAAUCGAACGCUGUAAUAAUGUAAAUAAAGCCGCAUAGAGCCAAGUGCAUG